AGCAGGCAGAAAGCAAAGUGUGAUGUGCAUUGAUUUUUUUCCCUAAUUGCCAAGCCUCAUUUGACGUGUAGCCAACCGAUAUGUCAUUUUUCACACACACUCACUCUCAAACCGUCCACUGGGACCUGGGUCCCAGGAAACGAGGCACUGCCGGACAUUCUGUGUACCCAGAAUUUAUCUACCCAGGACAGUAUGACUUUGUGGAACCGAACUAUGGUCAGUCAAAAGUUUUGUAUCCAAGGAAAGACACCGCUGGUGGCAAGAAUGACUAUUCACCACCUACUGGGUUGAUUUUUGGUCCAGAUGGAUUUCUGUUCUCACCAGAACCAGAUGAUGCGUCCAUUCCUGGGCAGUUGGACAGAUCAAAGUCAUUGAUUAAGCCAUCAGAUUUGAAGAGGAGACAAAGAAAGCCACGACCUUUGACUAAUUACGCCCACAAUGAUAGAAUUGUGUUCGGUGAUCUCGAUUGGAAGUUAGAUGAUGACAAAGAGCCAAAAGAAAAAUCUGACGUUGGUGAAGCGAAGACCAUCAGUGUUGGAACGGAUCCACGAUUCUGUGACAGAGAGAUUGAACCCAAGACCGCUAAUGCUUCUACAAACACCUACACGGAACCACACUUUGUGAAAGUCGACCCCCAGACCCCUCCCAGUCAGAUGAAGAAUAGCAGAAGUUACAGGGACACCGAGGAAGCUGACAAAUUUAAACCAAUCUGUGACCGCGGAAUUCAGGUGACAAGUCCUCUAACAACAGACGGUAAUCUGUCUGACGAAGGUUCAGCUGAUUUAACUGACCCAUUAAAUGCACUGGCCAGAUACAAUGAGGCGAAAAGACACGACUUCCACUCAACUGGUGUUGAUAAUGACAGUGCUGAUAAAAAAGAACAGCGUAAGUUAUACAAUCCUAACUUAGUACAGAACCGACGGAGAUCGUCGGUGGCGACUCGGGGUGUGUAUCGCGGUGAGGCCACCAACAGAAAGGCUUCCACCUACCAGCGAGGACAUGAGCAAACAAACACAAGUGAUUACCAAGCCCAGGAGACACAGCAAGACAAGCCGCAAUCUCUGGGAUUAGACCAGUCACCCGAGCAGUUGGAUCGAGACCAUUCAAAGUGGAAAGGCAGUAAUGAAAAGAAAAGAGACUUCGACACAGACGAUCUCAAGGAACUCAGUGCAAAGCAUUAUCUGGAAAAGAAACGACGACUGCGCAGGGCCACGCUACCCGACGCGAAUGUCCAGUCCCACGUGUUGAAGACUGGCCACAGGUGGGACCCGAGGAAAGACAUGACGGACGGAAAGACGGAGUACGUUAUUAAGACGCGGUCCGAUUCACGGCACCCAUCGUCGACAUCACAGACAUCACGCAACACGUCCAGUGACAGCGAACGCAGACAGAAGAUUGAUGAUGAGCUGUUGGAUCAUUUCGAUGAGUUUAAUAUUCAGGAGGAGUACGAAGGGGGAGAUAUUUACUUGUGUUACCUGGUUACCGAAAGUGGUGCGGCCAUUGGGCCCAUGCGGUUGGAUAUCGAUGAUAUUGAAAUGGGCCUUCCUGGUAUGAAACAAACCAAAACUACUGAGGAUGAAGAAGGUUUGCGUAAUCGCCAGACGGGGUCACAUGGGCUGAAUGAGUUUUCCAGUCGAAGUCACAGCAUGUUGACCGUCACCAUCGACUCGGAGUAUCCCGACCCUGAUGAUGAAAAUCUCUAUAUCACCAAGAGGGGGAAAUUGUCUUUUGUCGAUUUGGCUGGCAGUGAAAAGGUAAAGGACCAGAACCUUGGGGCAGGUGUCUUGUCUGAAUCAAACAGCAUCAACAAGAGUUUGCUUGUCUUAGGUAACUGUAUCUCUCACCUAGGAGAUUCCAAGAGAAGACAUGGCCACAUACCGUACAGAGACAGCAAACUGACCAAGCUUCUAGCAGACAGUCUGGGCGGCAAUGGUGUUACCUUGAUGAUAACAUGUAUAACACCAUCGUCCUACAAUGUCACCGAAACAAUGAAUACGUUGAGAUAUGCCAGUCGAGCCAAGAAAAUCAAAACAAAACCAGCUAUCAAAAUGGAUCCUAGGGAGAAGCUAAUACUGAGUUUGAAGAGAGAGAUUAAAAUACUCAGAAAUGAAAAUCACUACCUCAGACAACAGUUGGAAUUUCCAGCCAAGCCAAAAGGACAGUUACAGAAAGAAAAUGAUGAGAAGUUUAUGAAAUUUAUAAAAGAACAACAGCAAAAAGAGAGUGGUCUGAAUGAAAUGCUGCAGGAAUACAUGGUGGAAAAUGAAGCCUUGAGAGGUGAAAAUUCCGACCUGCAUUCAACAAGGGAUAGAAUCCGCCGAGAACAGCAGCUUCUGUACAGAGAGAAUGAGAAGCUGAUGAAGAGAGUGGAGGAACUGGAAAGAGUUGUGUCACAGAGCCCGUCGACCUGGCAACAAGCAGCUGCGGCACACCCCCAGUAUGAAGGCUACAGACAGUCGGACAUCACGUCACCUCGCAUGUCUCCGGCGGGUAACCCACGCAAAGCCAGUGUGCCUCCAAGAUUACCUGUGAGAACUGUGGCACAGGACUUUCCACAUCCUGAUCCUAGUCGAUUGCCAGGUAACUCUCCUAGGAAUGCACUGCCCCCAGGUGUACCACCACACCCGAUGAGACCACCUCACAGAUUGUCGGAACCUGUUAUCAGAGCUGCUCCUGGGCCAUAUGAAGUUGUAACGAAUGGAGGGCCAGACAGCAGUGGAAUUCCCCAGAGAAUAGGAAGACCAAUAGGACAAGGUCCACCGAAUGCACAUAUACGACAAAUUUCACCAACUCGACCACUGGACAGAAGAGUUUCACAAGUUUCAAAUUCAGACUCAAUCCGUGAUAUGAAUGAGAGACUCAGGCUGGAAGUGCUUGAGCUGGAAGGGGAAAUUCAACAACAGCAUCAACUCACACAACGACGUUCCAUUCCGCGGCAACAACAAAACGGAACUAUCAGAUGACCCUAAUGUCUGCAUCCCUACUGACUCUUCACAGUUGAAAGUUUAUAAAAUCCCAAAUCUUUCAAAAUACUCCAGCAUUUGUUACUCAUUUCCAACAUUUGCAUUACCACGAGCAGAGAUUAAAAUCUUCCACAUUUUUCUGGAAUUAUAAAUCUGCAUGCCACCCUGAAAUGUUUUCUCUCCUUGAAUGAAAACAGUUCAAGACUAUGCAAAGUUUUAAAGGUUUUUUUUUGUGUAAGGUUAUUUUCAUCCCUACAAAAAACUUUUAAAAAAAUCUCAAACAUACAAAAAUGGAUAAAAUGGACAUGGAUAUAUACAUUUUAUUACCCUCUGAAAUAAUAAGAUGGUUUCUAUGCAUAAUUUUGUGCCAGUCUGAAUACUUAAAUACAUGUAGCUGGUAUGUUUAUAAAAAUACAAAUAGACCCACCAGUGGAAAGGAAGGUCAAGGUGUUCAGUUUAGACACACAAGAAGCUGUACCAGAGAGGCACACAGUUAAGAGUAACAUAUUCCUAGAGCAUUCACUUCUGAACUAUGCAUCGAUACAAUUAAAUGUACUGCUCUUUGUAUCACCUCUUAUGGCAGUGUUGAUCCAGAAUUGAUCAUACUUGUUUGGGAUAUAUCUCUUGGGUAACUCUGAAGACAUAAGCCUAUCAGACAGGAGCUGGUGGGGUGAA